GUUCUGCUUGCAGCUGCUUUUCGAUUGAUUACCAACGCGUUUCAAUUCACUAUCAUCAAGAUGGACUUUUACGAAUACAUCUUCACGGUCAUGCAUAUGGCCAUUGCCGCCUUCCACAUUAUCUUCGUCUCCGCCUUCACCUCUCACCCCGCCGUCCGACGCGUCGAACCCGGCGUUCGCCAGGCGAUUUUCUCUUUCUUCUCGCCACAGUUCUUCUUACUCACGCCCGUUAUGCUCACCUUAACCGUUAAUAACUGCGUUAUUCGCGGUCUUUUUUACCUGCUACGUCUUCCCCAGGUCCAUCGACUCGUCAACCGGAUGGCUGACGUUGUUACCCAUGUUUUCUGUAGUACGUUGCGUUUACAUGGUAAUGGCUGCUUCCAUCGCGAUGGUCCGCUCUUUCUUUCUCUUUUUCGUCUGCUCCCUUUCCUCUGCCAGGAUCCAAGGCACACCAAACAUCCCUGCAUUGGCGACACACAGGAAGCCCAAGUUCGCUCGGCCUACUGUGCAUGUAGCCAAUCCGAUUUUCUCCACGGGUCGACCUACCGUCAGCAUUGGCCACGACGGAUCUUCCAUGGCAAGCAACAAGGUCCCGCCUCGGUUCAAUCGCCCGACGGUACACGUGUCAAGUCCCAUUUUCGCGCAGACACAGCCAAUUGGCGGCCCAGCGGAGAAAAUCGCCAAGGCAGGUGUGUUUGGCAGAUUGAUUGACCCAAUCGCAGAUUGCGUUGUGCGUCUUUCGGACCGAGUUUCCCGGUAUCUCGACAAGCAACACUCCCGUUUCAGCAAGUGGCCCCAAGGGGAGCUGCGUAGGCCGACUCGCGAGUCAGAGGAUUGUGAAAGGUGGAUAAUUGUCCGUCGUGUGUUCGCUGGUGUUGCCGACAGACUCAUCGACUUCGUUGAUCACUUUGUUCUGCGUCUCCGGCGACAGCUGGAAGACUACGAGAGUUCUGGCAAGUGGGCCCAAAGGGCACUGCGUAGGCCGGUUCCUCAACAAGCCGAAGGACACGAAUACAACCGGGCCGACAAUAACCACGAGAGUUCUGGCAAGUGGCCCCAAAGGGAGCUGCCUAGGCCGGAGCCUCGUCUAGACCCAAAUCGAUCGAUCUUCGCGUUUCUAGCGACGAGUGUGCUUCCCCCUCUCGCUCCUGCGACUGUGCCUGGUUUCGCGGCCGAAUCGUGGGUGGUGGUGUAUGGGACACUCUGGGGUAUGUGGACUACCGUGCACGUAUCACCACGCGUUCGAUUCCGCUCGCAGAUGCAGAUCUCUACCCCCCUCCCCUCCUCUGCCGCCCUCUUCCCUCUUCCCUUCCGCUCGUUCUGUUCGUUGCUGCCCUCCCCAGGUGCUGUUCUGUCGUUACCCCACUCAUUCUGCUCUGUGCUGCCCUCUCCGAGUGCCUUACGGUCCUUCCGAGUCGGAAGCUGGCAGGCUGGUGGAUACGCAGCUGAGAUACUGCCCACCAGUCGACCUGGCUCCAGGUUUUACUCAGUUUUCCUGGAAGCAACCACAGUCCGUGGUCCCGAAUGGGCAGGUCUAUCUCUAGUCAAGAUAGCUAGCUAUUCGAAUUGACUUGUUUUGUGCUUUUA